AUGUUGCCGGAGUCUCUCAAGAGCGCUUUUCAGCUGUAUAAGCGCGAUACCAAUGCCAUCGCAACGUGGUUGGCCAACACUGCAAACAACAAUGGCUACCCAGUCCACACAAACGGCAAGGAGCCAAGAGGACGACUCAAGGGCAAGGCAAGGAAAGAAGCCACAGCAGCCACAUUGGCCAAUGAGGAGGUCGGCUCUGGUGAGAAGAAACAGGCGUACUUGCUGCCCCUCCGGGACUUCGUUCCUCUCGCCACGUUCAUCGCGACAUUGAAACCUCAGGUUCAUAUCCCUCUUUUCAUGUCUGUCACCAUCGACCGUGUCAUCGAGGUUCGAAGGACAGUUUCCCGUAUCAUGGGAACGAAGGACGACAAUACCGACGAGGAGUCCGACGCCAGCCACCUUCACUUUGUCGGUGUCCUGGAGCAAGUCCGCGAUAUUCUCAAGCAGCAAAUCGAUGCACUCGAUAUCUCAUCACUUCAACUCGGCCCUACCGACACUGGCUCCAAAGCAGGCUCUAGUCCGACUGAAGGAAAUGACGAGAAGAGCGCCUCCCGAAACCCAUUCCAUAUUCUCAAUUUGUACGAGACAACCGAACAAAUUCCCGACUCCGUUGAGGCUGCCUCACCGUCUGACAUGAUCGUCGAGUAUGAACCUGAGUCCCGGGACAAGUAUGACGAGGCAUGUCUGGCAUUCAUGUCCCUCUUGAAGGAUGUCCUACACCAGCGCAAGAAGGUGCGAGAGCUGUGGUACAACUACAGGGUUGGCAACGUCUUCCUUGGCCCGGCUGCGAUCGGCACCAAUGAAGCCAUCGAGAUUUGCCGACGAAUGGAAGAUGAUGUGUCGCCCGUGAUCAACGAGGGGACAAGCGUUGUACACCUGUUGAGGGUGGUGUUCACAAUCAUGUGCCAAUUAGAAGGCCAAGACCUCAAAGUGCCAGGACGUGGAAAAGGCCGCAACUUCGACACCUACGACAUUUCGAGCCUCACGAUGUGGAAUGUGGGCCGAAUUCUUGAACAAUCCGUGUUGCAAAACCGUCGUGACAUCCUCAGGGUCUACAGUGGCUGCCGGCGAGGGUACGACGAAGGCAUGGACAGGGCCUCCUCCACAAAUAAACAGAAGUAUUCCCAGGACGAGAAGGCUCUCAACGAAAUACUUUCGGACAUCAGGGUGUUUGGCAUAGUCUCAGACAAGAGGACCAUCGAGGACGAGUUCACACGUGGCGUCCACACCCUCUUCGACACCAAUGAGAUAACCCUCUGGCAGUGCUUCGCUGCCCAGAUCUACCUUGACAUACUUCACGAGCUCCACGGAAACCUCGAUCUGGCCUGGAGCGAGAUGGCUGGCACGAGCGCAGUCAUCAAGUCCAGCCUCGCAAGCGCUCUCGAGGAGCCAGGCGAUUUUCGUUCCGUCGAGAACUGGCGCGAUAUAGAGGAUUCUCUGAUGGAGCUCAAGCUAGCCGCAUCGGAGUGGGAGACUGAUCCCAUAGCUCGCUACAAGACCGAGCGCGGCGUUUCCGCGAAACCGAAUCAAUUUCUGCGACGCCACCCACUCUACUGCGGCGUAUGGGUGCACGAAAUGCGGACCAGGUUCCAUGAGGCUGGGGUCAAUUUCGCCAGCGCCUUUGGCUACGUCCACCAGACCUACCAGCUCUACCAUGCGUUGCAACAAGAGAGAUUGCUGGGUAGAUUUGCGUAUUGGAUGGAUAUGAUGACUCUUUUCGAGACGCAAGGAUAUGACACAUUCUUCGUUGGUAAUGCCCCAACCACAACCCAAGGAUACCUCGGGAACCUACGCCUCAAAUCGCCCGCAACUGAUCGGGCCCAGGGCAAGGGUAAGAAGGGCAAGAGGAUGUUGCCUCCGAAUUCUGAGCGGGGACAGUUGAAGGAACUGGGUGCAUUGUCGAUGCUCUUCAAGAAGCGCUUCCAAAAGAGCUCCCGCCGCGAGAUGACGGCCGAAUACCUCCAGAAGAUAAUCGAGUCGAACGGGUUUCGCUUUGUCAACCAAGAGGAUGGCUCAUGGGAUUUGGAGAAGCCCAAGUCAGGGUCAGCUACGGAACGGGCACCUUCCUCAAAUAUCCCAGCAACCCACCUCAUCAUCUGCGUUACCAUGGCUAUCCGGUCCGAAGCUCACCAGAUGGGGUUCAACCUUUUUCUGCUGCACAUGGACUGCCUCAAAAUCCUGGAAGAGAUCCGCAAGACAAUAGACGAGCAGACCGUCCUAAAGAUUGCAUCCGAGUCCGCCAACCAGAAGCAGCUCCUCGCAGUCGUCGCCAUGGUCUUCAGGGACGCUGCUGCGGACAAGCCCCAGGGGCUGUUGCAGCGUGCAGCGUCCGUUGUAUCGAAGCACUUGCUGGAGCCGUCCUCGAUGGCUUCCACAUUGGGUAUGAGAGACCUCGGGUUCCAAGUUUGCCGAUGCCCACAAAACACUGGAAGGGGGAGUGCUGCCACCCGAAACUGUAUGAAUCUCCAGUGUGGGAAGGGGCUGUGA